UAACCAAAUGUAUAACAAUUGCAAGUUCUGCGGACACCGAGCUGAAAUGGCUACCCAACACAUUUUCAGUGUCACGAUACCAUCUCCGACGACAUGGCGGCGACCAUUCUUUCUCUCCUCCGCCGUCAACCUGCCACCCAUUUGCUUCACAUCCUCCUUUCCCAUCCUCGUCCCACGCCGCCGCCAAUCCUCUGCAACUUCCUAUGUAGUUACAGCAGAUGCCGUCCCUACAAUUCUCGUCGAUUCCAGCUCCGACGACGACGACCACCGCCUCAGAGAUUUAGUCCACACCCUGGAAAACGAAGGCGCUUCCCCAAUUGAGAUUCUCACUCAGCACGGCGAUUGGCUGGCGCCGCAUUUCUGGGCCGUCGUCAAAUUCCUUCAACUCUCUUCCCAGUCCCACCUCAUUCUUCAGGUAUUCGAGGCAUGGAAGGCUCUGGAUGAAUCACGAAUCAGCGAAUCCAAUUAUGAGCAGAUAAUAGGGAUUCUGAGCGAAGAGGGGCAAGCCGAAGACGCUAUCUCUGGGUUUGUAGAGAUGAAGGGAUCAGGGUUUAAUCCUUCCGUCCAUGUCUACAACUCCAUAAUCCACGGUCUGGCCAAAGUUGGAAGGUUUGACCAUGCCUUGACUUACCUUGAUGAAAUGAAACAAAGAAUGAAUUUGUUGCCAAACAGCCAAACAUUCGACGGCUUGAUCACAGCUUAUGGAAUUCAGGGAAUGUACGACGAGAUCGGUACCUGCGUGAAGAGAAUGGCGAUAGAGGGAUGCCCACCAACGGCUGUUACUUACAAUUUGCUGAUUGCAGAGUAUGCUAGAGCUGGUUUGCUUACUAGAAUGGAGACCACUUACCAAAUCAUGCGAUCGAAGAGGAUGGAUUUGCAGCCUCGUGCGUUGAUGGCGAUGCUCGAGGCUUACGUGAACUUUGGCAUUGUGGAGAAGGCAGAUAAGGUUCUGAGUAAUGCUCGCAGAUCGAGAAUGUUUCUGAAGGAAGGUCUGAUCAGGAAGCUAGCUGUUGUUUAUAUCGAGAACCUCAUGUUUUCUAGAUUAGAUGAGUUGGGGGGUUACCUCGCCUCGCUGUCCAGUAGGAAUGACAUGGUGUGGCUGUUGCACCUCCUAUCUCACGCUUGUGUAUCGAGUCGGAAAGGCGUGGAUGCCACCCUUGGCCUGAUGGAAGAAUUGAAUGUGUCCUGGAAUGUGACGGUUGUGAACACAUUGUUGUUUAUGUACUUGAAGAUGAAGGAUUUCACUCGUUUGAGAAGCUUGCUGUUCGUGAUGAUUGAGGACCAUGGCGUGAAGCCUGAUAUUGUUACAGUGGGAAUCGUGUUUACUGCAGGAGAGAUGGGUUUUGGUGGGACUGUGAGGGUUAUAGAGAAAUGGAGGAAAAUGGGUUUGCUUGAUAGAGGAGUGGAAAUGGGGACCGACCCUCUUGUGGUCUCGGCAUUUGGGAAGGGGAAGUUCCUUAAGAACUGCGAAGAUGUGUACUUGUCGCUUGACCCUGAAGAAAGGGAACAGAAGAAGUGGACUUACUCUCUCCUUAUUGAUUCGGUAUCCAGAUCGAUGCCAGAAGCAGCUUAGGGGCUAGGACUGGAAGGUAACUGACGAAACUGAGAACCAAAAUGCUGUGUUAUACAUAUACCGUAAUGUACAGUAUAAUCAUCGAGUUAAUCGAUGUUUCCUGUUUUAUACAUGUGCUAUUGUGUAUCAUGUAGUGUUGCUCCAAUGAUUAGUUCCAUAAUCCUACUUGGAUAUGAAGAAAAAGAGAGAAAAACA